AAAACGGGAUCCACGCGUCAAUACGAACUUAACCAGAGCCAUACACUCCCUACUACUCCUUCAGUUCUCACAGUUUACAGCAAACAACGAAUUCGUUCGCAUUUUGUAUUUACCCUCAUCUUGAGUGAAAAUCAAUCACACUCGCACGAUUAUUUGGGUUCAGCGCGCAGGAAACAGUGAUUCCGUAAGUAUAACCGCUCAACAAACCAGAUUUCGCGUAUAUCACUUCGCCGUAGCGCGUAUUUCUCGAGUUUAACGAACCUGUAUCGCGGUCGAUCACCGCGAAUUUACUAUUCCUGGUGGCAAAUCAGCAUUUUUCUAUUGCACACUGUGUACACGGACACGACUCAAUGCUUGUAAUGGGGAUUUAGGGACUAUCAAUGAUUACAAUUGCAAGUUUUUUCAAGUGAUUGUAUCCAUUUCGUGCGUAUUCAAGGCAUGUUUUGUUUAUCUUGCGGCAAUUUUAUGGCCGAUGAUACACACACAUUGGGGCUCGCAUCUACUAUAUAAACUUUCACCACCAUAAAAUGCCCACGGCUAUUCUGCACUUGACUUGAACGCAGCACUUGGAUGAGCAGCUGGUUAAGUGAAGAGCCCUGAUUCGCGGCAUUUGAAAGAAAAAACUUAAAACAGCGCAAUUUUGUGUCACCUCACGCGGUACCCUGUCAUUGAGUGUCUCAUAUAAAGUGCUUUUCGCAUUUAACCGACAUUUUUUUGAGCUUCUGCGUGUUUGUGUUUGCGCGUCAAAAAAACAACAAACAUCCAUUCGUGUCGUGUACACAUUACUGUCAUAUACCGUUAAGAAGAAUUUUUGACGGAAGCGAUUGUUGAAAAACUCGUGCUAAACGAACGGUUUGGUACAUCGUUUCUAUAGGGUUCUCAAGGGUCUUCCUAUAGUGUAUUCGUGUCCGCACUACUUUCCCUUCUGUUACACAAUUGUCAAGCUAACUUGUGUGUGGUUGACAGACUAAGCGGUGUGUUUGGCAUUUUAUUUGUUCUUUUGUUUUCGUCUUAUUCUUUGCAUAAUUCCUCGCUUCUCUCUCCUCUCACUUAGCAAGUUAUCACCUUUCGCAAACAGCCAUGAGCACUUCCACUCCAGCACGAACCACUGGCGCGGAUGGCUUAAACAGCAGUGAUGUGUCCAGCAUGAUCUCUGGAAAAGAAGGCGCUAUUGCCGAGCCCAGUGUCAUUGAUGAACCUGGCGCAAUUCCUUACAGUGUGCGGAAACGCGCUCACCUGGAAGACGUCUUGAACCGUAAGUACCCGACUGUUCCCAAUCCAGACGACUUCUACAUCACGCUUGACGGUCCUGAUGAUCCCGAGCUCGCAACAAAUUGGCCUCUUUGGUUGAAACUCAGAAACGUCUUCGUUAUGGGUUGCGCCUGUUUGAGUGCCGGUUGGGGUUCAUCUGUCUUCUCAGCAGCUCUUCCUCAGGUUAUGCGGAAGUUUAAUCUGUCGCAUGAGGUUGCUUUACUUUCCAUCACAUUGUACGUGCUUGGUUUCGCUUCUGGUCCUGUCAUCUGGGCACCUAUGUGUGAGCUGUUUGGUCGUCGUCGUCCCAUGACAGCCGCUGUUUUCAUCUUCUGUAUCUUCCAUAUUGCUGUCGCAACAGCUAAGGACGUGCAUACCAUUCUGAUUUGUCGUUUCUUCUGUGGUUUCUUCGGUAGUUCUCCCAUCACAACUGUCGCUGGUUCUUUUGCCGACAUGUUUACACCGCAAACGCGUGGUCUGGUCAUCGCUGUGUACUCGGCCAUUAUUUUCAACGGUCCCUUGAUCAGUCCCAUCGUCGGUGGUUUCAUUGCCAAGUCGUAUUUGGGAUGGCGUUGGGUCUCGUACAUUACAGCUAUCAUGGGCUUCAUUGCCUUCUUCAACAUGCUCAUAUUCCAUCGCGAAACGUAUACCCGUACCAUUACGGAGCGUCGAGCCCAGCAAAUUCGCGUGUACACGAACAAUUGGUUCGUCCACACAAAAACCGAGGAGGAACCUGUGGACAUCAACUAUCUCGUACACAAAUACUUCACGCUGCCGUUGCGUCUGUUGGUCACGGAGCCCAUGCUGCUUCUCGUGUCCACAUACACUGCUUUUGUGUAUGGUAUUUUGUACGGUCUGCUUGAGGCUUAUCCCAUCGUGUUCGGUGAAGCUCGUGGAUGGAGUCAGGGUGUUGAGUGUUUGCCUUAUCUCGCUGUCUUCAUCGGUGUGUGUUUUGGUUGUGCAAGUGUUGCUCUGUUCCAACCGUACUAUUUCCGUCAAGUUCAGUCGCGUAAUGGCAAACCAGCUCCAGAAGCUCGUCUUCCACCUAUGAUGAUUGCUGCAGUGCUCUUCCCCAUCGGUAUUUUCUGGUUCGCUUGGACCGGUAACUCAACAAGCAUCCACUGGAUUGUGCCAACGCUGGCUGGUACGUUAAUUGGCUUUGGUAUUAUCACCAUUUUCCAGCAGUCGUUGAACUUUGUUGUCGAUUGUUACGCCGGGUGUACCGCUUCAGCUGUCGCGGCAAACACAAUUCUGCGUAGUAUCGCUGGUGCAGUGUUCCCACUUUUCACUACACAGAUGUACCACGGCUUAGGUAUUGGCUGGGCUGGUUCGUUAAUUGGUUUCGUUGCAGUCGGUUUGAUUCCUAUUCCUUUCUUGUUCUUCCAUUACGGACCCAAGAUUCGCCAAAUGAGUCGUUUCUGUCUGCAUGAUUUUUAAAAAAAGGCCAUUGACUGUUGUAUUCUCCAUCAGCAGCAACACAAUACCCUUAAUAAAAAAGUAUGCAAGUGGAGUCUGUUUGAUUUACUGGGAGUGUACAAGCGCGCUCGAUGCAGACGUGAAGAAGGUAUCGUUAGCGUAAGCAGUUUAUCUCAAUUCCCUGUGAGUUUCAGUGUAUCAUAAUUUUUAUUUCAAAUAUUCGUUUCUCCGUGUGUAACAUUGUCAAACUCAUCCUGGUUUCAUGGUUCUGGUUGCUUGUUUUAUGCGUGCCUGAUUUGCACCCAGGCGAAUUUUCAGCCUCU